GCACUGAACACCUCAGAGCAGCCGCCUUUGGGAAAGAGAGGCACUCCUUCUCCUCCUCCAGCUCAGCAUGGCCUUCAGAUUCCUUGGUCUCAUCCUACUCCCAUGGACCCUUCAGCCAGGAGGAGGCCAGACUUUGAAACAACUCGGACCCCCAAUCCUGGUGACCUUGGCCCACCAUCACCUUCCCUUGACUUGUGAGUUCACCUACCUCCACUCCCCGACCUUUGGGAGCUACGAGUUCAGAUACUAUCACAUUGACCUCCAGGGCAGACAGAGCCCCCCCAUCUUGACUGGCUGCAGUAAGACCCCUGGAGUCGAGAACCAGACCUACACCGAGCAGUGCCCAUUCAACCUGACAGCGCUGCACAACUCUUCAGCUACGGGCACCUAUUACUGCCAGGUGCAAUGGUCUUCCCAGACGAUGACGGGCAGGGGGACCUUUAUCCUGGUCCUAGAUGCUGAAUACAAAGAACCUCCGGAGGGGUCUAAGAAGCUUCUCCUCUUCACCCUCUUUGGCCUCCUGGCUGUGCUGAGCAUCCUGGGAACAGGCCUGUUGCUCUGGAAGGCAAAGAAACACAGGAGGUCUGCCAAGAAGCUCCUGAAGCAGAAAGACCUGAACCCAGCGAGGAGCUCAGCAGACCCCAACUCUGAGCGCUCAGGAUCUCUAUACACUGCUCUUCAGCCCCACCUCUCAGAGGUCUAUGAUCACCUGCAGAAUGACACCAGCACCCAGCUCUCUGAGUGGAGCCCACCUCUCCAGAAACAGCAUGAAAGGGGAACAGAAGAGCUUAAUGCCAUCUAUGAAAAUUUCUAAAGAAGGUGUCAUCCUUGGCCCCACACCCGAGGAGAUGACAUCCCGUCAGUGCCCUGAGGCUCCGAGGCUACCAUGUUGGGGAUGGGAUGUGAGCUGACCUUCCCCCCCGCCCCCGCUCCAUGUGAUGCUCCAUGCAUCCUGUUGUCCACCAGAAGUCGAGAUGCUGCCACAGCUCAGUUGGGCUUUGAGUCCCCUCUGAAGACCCCUUCCCUCCUCCACUCUCCCUUCCCCUGCCCAGCUUCCCCACCCCACUGAGCAAUCCCAUGGCUUCUCCCACAUCGACCUCAGGAGGCAUCUAGAUGGACAAUCUCUUACCGUCUCAUGCGGCUGUUUCCUACGCACAGCAUUCUCUACCUCCCCCUUCCUCUGAGGUGGAGGUCAGGAGCUCUGGCUUCUGUUACUUACUGUGUGACUGUGAGCAAGUCACCUCACCUCUCUGAGCCUGAUCAUGCCUCUCUUGUGGGCUUUGUUCUGAGACAGCCUGGCGGGAUGGUGAAAGUGACGGAUCUGGUGUCCAGAGGAGCCUCGCCUGUGAUACUCACUGUGUGACCACAGGCAGGUAGGUCACUUAACCUCUUUGAGGCUCAUCUGCAAAAAAAGGAGUUUGGUUCAGCCGGCAUCCGGGGUCCCCUUUGACCCUAUAUUUAUUAUUCUGUAACCAAAUACGAUAAUGAAUGCAAAAGUACCUUAUAAACAUAGGAGGUUUUAUUAAUAAUACUAGUCCAUUUGUCUAGAGUCACAAAGAACUGAAGCAUAUUGUUGUCAUAAGGGUAUGAUCACUCUGAUCACCGGUUCCUUUUUUUCCCUUGGGAACCAUGAUGUCCAGAGGCUUGUUACGUGAGGGUGUCAUGUGAGAAGUCUAGAAGCAGCGGCAGGUUUUGAAAAGUGUUGGGAAAGAUCUCCUAAAGGACAAGACGCUGGCUUGGGGCAGACACAUGAGCCUGGGGCUGAGAGAAGUUAGCUGAGGAGAAAUGGGAAGAAAAUUUCUGCUGUGUCCGGAGUGCCUGGGAACAGCUAGGUAGUACAAUGGAUAGAGCACUGGUCCUGGAAUCAGGAGGACCUGAGUUCAAAUCACUAACUCUGUGAUCCUGGGCAAGUCAUUUAAUCCUGUUUGCCUCAGUUUCCUUACCUGUAAAAUGAGCUGGAGAAGGAAAUGGCAAAUCACCCCCCCCCAGUAUCUUUGCCAAGAAAACACCAAAAAGGGUCAUGGAGAAUCGGACAUAACUGCACGAGCCAGUAUUCCAGUUGAGCCUAGAUGUGAGUGACAGCCUGUGGUUCAUUGAUCCUGGGCUGAGCAGUGUUGAUGAGCCUACAGUUCAAUACUGGGUUUAGUUCCCUAGAGUGACAGUGAGUUUCCAUAGCUCUUCUUGGUGAGUGACUGAUAUAUCCCCUUCCUGCUGAGUUGGUGAUAUAGUAUGAUUAAUCUGACACUGAGAUUAGUGUUCUCUGGGAGACAAAUGUGGGGGCAACAGAAAUUUGGAAAUGGGUGCCAAGAGCAUUUCCUAUCUGAUUUAAUUCCCUGUUGUUGUCGUCAAGUUAUUCUGUUCCAUUAAAUGCCUUUGCUUUGAA